AUGUCGAGCUCCAAACCCGCUCCUGCCGGUCCCGCUGGGGCUGAAGCUGGGGCUGCGGCGAAUCUGGCCAACGAGAAGCGCGCGCAGCAGCAGACGCAGACGCUGCACGACUACCGUGCGCACCCGGAAGCGCGCGCAUCCUCCAAGCACCUUGGCUCCACCGCCGAGUCGCCGGCGGCCUCGGCCACGGGCGCCAUUACGGUGAUCGACAAGACGCACUUUUCGACGCUCGCUCUCAUCGGCCUGUGCUACUGCAUCCUGAACAGCUGGACGGCCGCCUCGGCCUCCAUGUCGAUCGCGCUCAUCAGCGGCGGGCCCUCGGUGGCACUGUGGGGUAUGCUCGUUGCCUUUGUCGGCGUCAUGGCAACCGCACUAUCCAUGGCCGAGAUCUGCCACGUCUACCCGACGACGGGAGGUCAGUAUCACUGGAGCUUCUGCCUCGCCCCCGCACGAUACCGAUACGUCAUCGCCUACUUUACCGGAUGGACGGCUGUGGCUGGAUGGGUGGCUUUGACCGCCACCGCAUCGAGUCUCGCGGGUCAGUUUAUCGUCGGGAUCAUUGCGCUGCUGCAUCCGAACUACGAGAGCCAGCCGUGGCACAUCUUCCUAGUGUAUGUGGCAUUCAGCCUGGGCGCGUGGGUGAUCAAUGCGUUCGGCGUGCGCAUCCUCGACUCGCUCAACCGCGCAGCCAUGAUUUGGAGCCUCGUCGGCGCCGUGGUGAUCAUGAUCACCUGCCUUGCCCGCGCCACCCCAGACUACCAGGACGCCAAAUUCGUCUUUGGCAAGUACGUCAACCAGACCGGAUGGAACAACGGCGUGGCGUGGAUUUUGGGCUUGCUUCAGGCGGCCUUCUCGCUGAUCGGGUCGGAUGGUGCAACGCAUCUGGUCGACGAGAUCGACAGGCCGGCCAUCAAUGCGCCGCGAGCCAUGAUCUUGGCAGUGGCCAUCGGGGCUUCGUCGACGUUUAUCGUGCUCAUGGUGUUUCUGUUUGUGCUGCGCGACUUUGACGCGGUGAUCGAGUCGUCGGCGGGCGCGCUGUUGGAGAUCAUCUACCAGGCCGUCGGCAACAAGGCCGGUGCAGUUUGUCUGCUCAUCUUCCCCGUGUGCAGCAUGGCCUUCACCGCUACAGCGCUGCUGACCACCUCGUCGCGCAUGAGCCAGGCAUUUGCACGCGAUCGCGGCCUGCCGUUCUCCAACCUUCUGCAGCGCAUCUCGGCCACAAACGAGGUGCCCAUCCCAGCCCUCGUACUCACCACCGUCUGGGUCAUCGUCUUUGGAUGCAUCUAUCUCGGCUCCUCGUCGGCGCUCAACGCCAUCCUCAGCUCCAGCGUCGUGCUACUCCAAUUCUCAUACAUCGUUCCGAUUGUCCUACUGCUCAUUAGGGGUAGGAAGGUGUUGGAUACCGACAAUGCGGGUGCGGAAGGCAAACGACACUUUGACCUGGGCAGGUUGGGGUUGCCGAUCAAUGUGUUUGCCAUCGCAUUCGUGUUGUUUACCAACGUCUUCUUCCUCUUCCCGCCCGAACUGCCCACCACGUCCACCAACAUGAACUACACCAUUGUCGUCGUCGCCAUUGUCGCCAUCAUGAGCGGCGCGGCUUGGAUGGCGCAUGGCCGAAAGUGGUACAAGGGUCCGCUGGAUAUGGACGAGAUCCUGUUUAGGACGCGCGGAUUCGGCCGCUUUGACGCCGCCGAGCGGAAGCCCGAGACGGCGACGGUCUAG